AUGCCGGUCCUCAAAGCCAUUACACACAGAGGAAGCUGGGUCCAAAGGCACCGGAAUGGCUUCGAAAGUCGCAGGGCAAGAGUAGACCUUAAGGAGGAUAUGGACGAGGAAACGAGGGCGGAGGGAAAGGAGCGACAAAGGAAGGCAUUGCAGAGCUUUGCGAAAGAAUUCGGACGGGGUGUACGACAGCAACGAACGAGAGGGAAGACCAAAGAAAGAGCUGGUACACUUCCACUUGCUCUGAGUAUGUUCAAAAGGAAUGCGUCGGCACAUGGAGAAGUCGAUCUGCUGAAAGAGGUUCAAGGGAGUGAAGGACAAACUACCGCUUCAAGGCGCAGCCGAAGAAUAUGUGAUUAUCUUUUCAAAAGGCGACGUAGUUGCUCUCAAGCACAAUUACAAGAGGUAUAUCAUUCCUUUCUUCCUUGCAGUUCUUUUAAAAGAUCUCCACCAUAA